GUGACAGUUAACCUAACCUAACAAAAACGUCAAUUUCUUUUGUAUGAGAUAAUAAUAAAACCAGGGUAAAAAUGUAUAAUAAUCGUGUAUCGGAUUGGGAUAACCAAAAUAGACAAGCUGUACUUGAGGGGACAGCGAUUUUAGCGAGAACAGGAGAUAGUUUGGCCAGAACAAAUCAAGUUGCUAUUGAAACUGAAAAUAUAGGAACGGAAGUUGUAUCAGAAUUGAGUAGUCAACGGGAAACUUUACUAAGAGCUAAAAACAGAUUGACCCAUGCAGAUGAACAAUUAGAUAGCAGUAGAAAUAUAUUAAGGAAGAUGAGUAGAAAUGUCCUUUACAAUAAAUUGAUUUUGGUAUUAAUCAUUAUCGUUGAAAUCGGAAUAUUGAUCACUGUUUGUUACAUGAAGUUCUUUAAAAACUAAAAUUUACCAUUAAAUUUAAUAAUGUAUAUGUAUAUAAAUAUUAAUGAAAUCGUUAUAAUGUAUUUUUAUGUAAUGUAAUUCUUAUACCAAAUGCAUUUUAUUAAUAGGGAAA